GUCUGUAGUUUGAGACGUGCAGUCGUGUUAAGAGUUUUAUUCUGAAAAAACAUAUAUUCUACUAAGAGAAAUGAUUGUCGCAGAAGCUUGGAAAGCAAAUUACCUCUUCUGGAUUUUACCAGCUGUAUUAAUUCUCGGGCUACUGGCAUUGCUCGGUCUACUUGGUAUCUUCUUCGCCCUGCGUCUGUACGCCAAACUUACUUGCGGACGUUACCAAGCGAAAACCAGGAUGGACGGAAAGACCGUGAUCGUUACUGGAUGUACAAGUGGAAUUGGAAAGGAAACUGCCAAAGAAUUAGCUAAGAGAGGCGCCAGGGUUAUCAUGGCAUGCAGAAGUAUGGAAAAAGCUGAAAAAGUUCAAGAUGAAAUCGUACAAUCAACAAAAAAUGCCAACGUCGUAGUCAAAAAACUAGAUCUAAGCUCUUUCGAAUCCAUAAGAACAUUUGCUGAAGACAUUAACAAAAACGAGAAGGCGUUAGACGUCUUGAUCCACAACGCAGGAUACGCAGAAACCUUCAAAAAGAAUAUUUCAGAAGACGGCAUCGAAUUGACAAUGGCUACCAAUCAUUAUGGACCGUUUUUGCUUACUCAUCUUCUUAUUAACCUGUUGAAGAAAAGUUCACCAUCAAGGAUCGUUGUUGUAGCUUCAUCACUAUACCGCUUGGCAUCUGUUAACUUGGACAACCCCAAUCCAUUGAACACAAUGCCAGGGUAUUUGUAUUACGUGUCCAAGGAAGCUAAUAUUCUCUUUACCAGGGAACUGGCCAGACGCAUGGAGGGAACAGGCGUCACAGUAAACUGUUUGCAUCCUGGUUUAAUUGACACUGGAAUUUGGAGAAACGUGCCAGCACCAUUGAGCUGGGGUUUGGGGUUGAUAAAUAGUCUUUUCUUCAAGACCCCUGUCGAAGGAUGCCAAACAUCAGUAAUGCUGGCUGUUGAUGAGAACCUAUCGAAGGUCACUGGAGAAUAUUUCUCCGAUUGCCAGAAAAGUUCACUAUCUUCUUCAGUCAGUGAUAUGGGUAGGGCAAGGAAAUUGUGGGAGAUUUCGGAAAAAAUGGUCAAAUUGGAAGAUAAUGAUCCAAGAAUUUAGUUUUUCAUAAUAAUAUCGCAAAAGGAGAGAUAUUAAAUACAUACAGGAAUUUUUAAUAUCAAUAAUUAUGCAUAUCAGUUCAGUACUUAGGAAAAAAUUAAGUAAGAAUGAUUAAUUAUAUUUAAAUAAGAAGUGUUUAUCGAACAACUUAUGUUAACAUAUUACAUAUUAGUUAUAUACAUAUAUUAACUUAUUUACCUACGCACACUAAUAGCAUACAAAAUAUUAUUGUUAAACUAAGAAAAUG